UCCAGGGCCGCGCGAGCUGCGGGCUCGUCCGUGGAGUCCCAGUGAUGGGCUGGGCGGGGCUGGCCCCUGCGUCACCCCGGCCAGAGACCCGGCUGCAGGCGACCCCGGCGCAGAGCUCUUCGGAAUCCAGCCCGGCUGGACCGAACCCUGGCCGGGGAUGGAGAAUCCGCCCGCCCCGCGGUGCAGCGUUGUCCCGGGGGUUAAUUACCCCUCCCCAUUAAAGUCCCAGAGCCUUGGGCCAGCAGGGACCGAUCCAGCCCCCCGCAUUUCCCAGUAUUUUCUAAUCAUGGGCUGGGUGAUGUUUGAGGAGGUGGCCAUCUGGUUUUCCCGGGAGGAGUGGGAGAUGCUGGCAGACUGGCAGAAGGAGCUGUACCGGGCCGUGAUGCUGGAGAACUAUGAGAAUCUGUUUCUUCUAGGCCAUGCAGAUGCCAAACCUGAGAUGAUAACCAAGCUUGAACGAGGGGAAGAGCUGUGUGUCGGGGACCAGCAGGCCCCGGAGGGGAGAGAAAUUCUUCUAAGUGCUUCCAGGGGACCCUGGCCUCAUUCAGUGCACAGGACAUCUGUCAAUCUGAAUUUUCCAACAUUCUGAUGCUUGGUUUUGCCACCUUAAUAACAUUCCUUUAAUGCAGUUGUUCUGCAUGGAAUAUGUAUGAAUUUUACCUUGAGAGUGUCUGUAACUUGACCUUUCACAGUGGUUAGAGAGUUAAUUGCCACCUCAUCAUGAUACAGAUUUCUAAUAUGAAGCCUAUCA